CCCGCUAGACAGGACUCUGCUCUCUGUGCUUCCGGGUUCAUUUUGCAUUUGUGUUUCUCCAAACUCUGCGGCGUUCUCAAAGUUGGGACAGUGUGGCUUGUGCUUCGCGCUUGACAUGGAGGACCUUCUGUCAUUCACAGAUGUGGCCAUUGAUUUUUCUGCAGAUGAGUGUGAAUGUCUGGACUCUGCUCAGUGGAAUUUAUAUAAGGAAGUGAUGUUGGAGAAUUAUAGCAACCUCGUGUUCCUGGGUCUUACUUUCUCCAAGCCAUAUCUGGUCACAUUUCUGGAGCAGAGUUCAGAUCUGUGGAGCAUGAAGAGAAAAGCAUCAGCGGCCAUCCAUCUAGGAUCAAAACCCCAUAAAUGUAAAGAAUGUGGGAAGGCCUUUGAUAGGAACUCAGUCCUUAUUCAACAUCAAAGAAUUCAUACCGGAGAGAGACCCUACAAAUGUGAAGAAUGUGGCAAAUCUUUUAAUUAUUCUUCUAGCCUUAAACAGCACCAAAGAAUUCAUACUGGAGAGAAACCCUACAAAUGUGAAGUGUGUGGCAAAGCUUUUAACUGUUCUUCAUAUCUGGGUAAGCAUCAAAGAAUCCAUACUGGAGAGAAACGCUACAGAUGUGAAGAAUGUGGUAAACCUUUUACUAAUUGUUCAGGACUUAUCGUUCACCGAAGAGUUCAUACUGGAGAGAAACCCUACAAAUGUGAAGAAUGUGGUAAGGCCUUUAGUGUUCGCACAACGCUCUCGAAACAUCAGAGAAUUCAUACUGGAGAGAAACCUUACAAAUGUGAUGAAUGUGGAAAGACUUUUAAUGUUCACUCAACACUUUCAAAACACCAGAGAAUUCACACUGGAGAGAAACCUUACAAAUGUGAAGAAUGUGGCAUGGCCUUUAAUGUUCGCUGCAUUCUUUCUAAGCACCAGCGAACCCAUACUGGAGAGAAACCCUACAAAUGUAAAGAAUGUGGCAAAGCUUUUAACUGUUCUUCAAGCCUUCACCAACACCAACAAAUUCAUAGGGGAGAGAAACCCUAUAAAUGUGAUGACUGUGGGCAGGCCUUUAGCUGUUCUUCAUAUCUGUAUAAGCAUCGUCGAAUCCAUACUGGCAUGAAACCCUACAAAUGCAAGGAAUGUGGCAAGGCCUUUUACUGUUCUGUAAACCUUAUUUACCACCAGAGAAUUCAUACUGGGGAGAAACCAUAUAAAUGUAAUGAGUGUGGGAAAGCCUUUAGCAUUUGCUCAACAUUUAUGAAACACCAGCGAAUACAUAGUGGAGAAAAACCCUAUAAAUGCAAAGAAUGUGAGAAAGCCUUUAAUAAUUGUUAUAAUCUAAUUCAACACCAAAGAAUUCAUACUGGAGAGAAACCCUACAAAUGUAAAGACUGUGGCAAAGCCUUUAAUUAUACUUCAAGCCUUGCUCAACAUGAAAGAAUUCACACUGGAGAGAAACCUUACAAAUGUGAAGAAUGUGGCAAAGCCUUUAACUCUUCUUCAAAUCUUAAGCAUCAUUGGAGACUCCAUACUGGUGAGAAGCCUUACAAAUGUGAACAAUGUGGGAAAGCCUUUAAAAACUGUUCAGGCUUUACUCGGCACUAUAGAAUUCACACAGGAGAGAAACCAUACAAGUGUGAACAGUGUGGUAAAUGUCUUUCCUCAUCUUCAUCCCUUCGAAGGCAUAAAAAAACAGGACAGAAAUGCUACUCAUGCACAGAAUGUGGCAAAGUCUUUGAGUGGACAAAAGUGUUUCAAAAUCACCAGAAAACUGAUUUAGGAGUGAGGCCCUACAAGUGUGAAGGAUGUGCCAAGUACUUACAUAUUCCAUCAUUACUUUCUGAAGAGAAAAGAAUUCAGACAGGAGAAAAACCUUACAGAUGUGAAGUUUGUGGGAAGGCCUUCUGCAUUCCAUUAUUACUUUCUAAACACAAGAUAAUUCAUACAGGAGAGAAUCCCUACAAGUGUGAAGUAUGUGGCAAGGCUUUCCAACAUCCAUCAAGACUUUCCAGACAUAAGAAAAUUCAUUCAGAAGAGAAACCAUACAAGUGUGAAGUAUGUGGCAAGGCCUUCCAUUUUCCAUCAUUACUUUUGGUACACAAGAGAGUUCAUACAGGAGAAAAACCCUACAAGUGUGAAAUAUGUGGCAAGGCCUUCCAUUAUCCAUCAAUACUCUCGAAACACAAGCGAAUUCAUACAGGAGAGAAACCCUACAAGUGUGAAAUAUGUGGCAAGGCAUUCCACAUUUCAUCAUUUCUUUCUAAACACAAAAUAAUUCAUAGAGGAGAAAAACCCUACAAGUGUGAAGUAUGUGGCAAGGCCUUCUGCAUUCCAUUAUUACUUUCCAAACACAAGAUAAUUCAUAUAGGAGAGAAUCACUAUAACAGUCAAGUAUGUAGCAAGGCCUUCAUUUAUCCUUCAAGACUUUCUAAGCAUAAGAAAAUUCAUACAAGAGAGAAACCGUACAAGUGUGAAGUAUGUGGAAAGGCCUUCCGCUUUCCAUCAUUACUAUUAAUACACAAGGGAAUUCAUACUGGAGAAAAACCCUACAAGUGUGGAGAUUGUGGGAAGGCCUUCCAUUAUCCAUCACUACUUUCUAAACACAAGAGAAUUCAUACAGGAGAAAAACCAUACCAGUGUGAAGUAUGUGGCAAGGACUUCCAUCUUUCAUCAUCACUAUCUAAACACAGGAUAAUUCAUACAGGAGAAAAGCCAUACAAGUGUGAAGUAUGUGGGAAGGCCUUCCGCUUUUCAUCAUCAUUGUCUAAACACAAGAGAAAUCAUACAGGAAAGAAACCCUACAAGUGUGAAGAAUGUGGCAAGGCCUUCCAUUUUCCAUCAAUACUUUUGAAACACAAGAUAAGUCAUACUGGAGAGAAACCCUACAAUUGUGACCUAUGUGGCAAGGCCUUCCAUUAUCCAUCAUUACUUUCUAAACACAAGAUGAUUCAUACAGGAGAAAAACCCUACAAGUGUGAUGUAUGUGGCAGGGCCUUCCAUUAUCCUUCAAAACUUUCCAACCAUAAGAAAAUUCAUACAGGAGAGAAACCAUACAAGUGUGAAGUAUGUGGAAAUGUCUUCUGUUUUGCAUCGUCACUUUCUAAACACAAGAGAAUUCACACAGGAGAGAAUCCAUACAAGUGUGAAGUAUGUGGCAAGGCCUUCUAUUAUCCAUCAUUACUUUCUAAACACAAGGUAAUUCAUACAGGAGAAAAACCCUACAAGUGUGACUUAUGUGGCAAGGCCUUCUAUUAUCCAUCCUUACUUUCUAAACACAAGGUAAUUCAUACAGGAAAAAAACCCUACAAGUGUGAAGUAUGUGGCAAAGCCUUCCAUUAUCCAUCACGACUUUCCAAGCAUAAGAAAAUUCAUGGUGCUGGAGACAUGGCUCAGCAGUUAAGGGAACUGACUGUGCUUUCAAUUGUGCUUUCCUGAGUUCAAUUCCCAGCAAGCACAUGGUGGCCCACAGCCAUGUAUGAUGGAAUCUGUUUCCCUCUUCUGGUAUGCAGGUGUACAUGCAGGUAGAGUACUCAUAUACAUAAAAUAAGUAAAUAAGUUAUAUUAAAAAAUUGAUGAUAUGUUGCCUGGUGCCAAGAAAAAAAAAUUAUAUUGGCGAGAAGCCAACCCUACUAGUGUGAAGCAUGUAACAAGGACUUCCAAUGUCCAGCACUAUUUUCUAAUAACAAGGGAAGUCAUAUGGGAGAGAGACUCUGCAAGUAUGAAGUAUGUAGCCUGGCCUUGUAUUGUCCAUAAUUACUUUCUGAACACGAGAAUUCACACAGGUGAGAAACCCUAAAAUUGUUAAGUGCAAGUCAAGUCCUUUAGAAUUUGCCAGAUUUUUUGUACUUGCUUCAAAGCAUACAUAUGUGAGGGAUGUGGAAAAGCCUUCUCUACAAAUAUACACCAAUGUUUACACAAAUUAACUCAUAAUAUGGUGACAUUUACAAAUGCAAAGAAUAUGUCCAAGUGCUCAACAAAAACUUUAGGGAUCAUCAAAAAUUCAUUCUGGAGAGAAACCAUACAAAUCUAAAGAAUAUGGCAAAUACUUCAGAAAUUCCAUAGUAUGGUCUGAACCCAAGAUAAUUCCUACUGGACUGAAUCAUUACAAUUGUGGAGAACGUGGCAAAAACUAUUACCAGUCUUCUGAUCUUAAUCAACAUUCAAGAAUUCAUCUGUGAAAGAAACCACACAAGUGUGAAGAAUGUUCCAAGGUCUUUUGUACUUACUAAGAACUUGUGAAACCCCUCAUAAUUGCCACAUGUGAAAAAUGUUGCAAACCCUUUGAUAAACUUUCUUAUAUUUCUCAACACAAGGAGUU